UAAAAAAAAUUGUGCCAAACUAUUUUGUAUAUAGAAACUUUAAUUAGAUAUUUUUGCAAUUAACUUUUGUUCAUGACUGAAGUUAGCAUAUUUUUUGUAACAUUUCACUUACCUUUUAACUGUGGUUGUAAUCAGCUGACCAUUCGGAAUCAGAAGUGAGGAGGAUCCAGGGUUAAGUGCUAUUGUGAAAUACGUCCUUUUUGUCAUUCAGGCAAAUUCUCAAAAGGUUGUCUAAAAUUUAUAUAACAAUUUAAUUGAAAUGGCAGAACCUCUACGUGUUGUUGUUACUGGCGCUGCUGGUCAAAUUGCCUAUUCUUUACUGUAUAUGGUAGCAAAGGGAGAUGUAUUUGGACCCAAUCAACCUCUAAUCUUACAUUUGUUGGAUAUUCCCCCAAUGAUGAGUGUCCUGGAAGGAGUAGUAAUGGAAUUGGCUGACUGUGCUUUGCCACUUCUUCAUGGUGUUGUCCCCACUGAUGAUCCUGCUGUUGCAUUUAAAGAUGUAGCAGCGGCAUUUUUGGUUGGUGCUAUGCCAAGAAAACAGGGCAUGGAGCGUAAAGAUCUUCUUAGCGCCAAUGUGAAAAUAUUUAAAGUUCAAGGAGAAGCAUUAGAUAAGUAUGCCAAAAAGGAUGUUAAAGUUUUAGUGGUUGGCAAUCCUGCCAACACCAAUGCACUUGUUUGUUCUCGUUAUGCCCCAUCUAUUCCCAAAGAAAAUUUUACGGCAAUGACAAGGUUAGAUCAAAACAGAGCCCAAGCACAAAUUGCAGCUAAGUUGGGCGUACCUGUGAGACUUGUAAGAAACUUGAUAAUUUGGGGAAAUCAUUCUUCCACUCAAUUUCCUGAUGCUUCACAUGCUGUUGUUGAUUUGAACGGCAAAUUGACUGCUGUUCCUGAAGCAGUGAAUGACUCUACUUGGCUUGCUUCUCAAUUUGUUGAGACUGUACAGAAACGUGGAGCUGCUGUAAUUAAUGCACGUAAAAUGUCUUCAGCCAUGUCUGCUGCCAAGGCUGCUUCUGAUCAUAUGAGGGAUUGGUUUUUGGGAACUCAACCAGGACAAUUCGUCUCAAUGGGUGUUUUGAGUGAUGGAAGUUAUGGAGCUCCAAAGGAUGUUGUUUUUUCUUUUCCAGUUACCAUUACAGGGGGUAAAUGGGAAAUUGUUAGAGAAUUACAGGUUAAUGAUUUUGCACGAAAAAUGUUGGACACAACUGGCAAAGAACUUGAAGAAGAACGUCAGGAAGCAAUUUCUGUUAUUGGAGCAUGACUAGCUAAUAAGCUGUGAAAAGUUGUUUGCAACUUUUAACUGAUUUAAACUCUGUAAUUUAGAAAAAAAAACGUGUUUAUUGUGAAGCCACACAUCAGAUUUUGUUAUCAUUGCAUUUCGUUUGUACAGCUUUUAUUUUUAGACGACCUUUUGGAACACAUUAAUUGUUUGUAGUUCUUAUCGCAUUUAACUGCUUAAACUUAGUCAACAAGCGAACAUAUCUAAUUAUAGUCUUACUGACUUUCCAAUCAUAUUCUGGUAUUUUUUGUUUAGUAACUAUUUUGUUGUAUAUAUUUUGCUUUUGUUGCACACAUUGGUGUGGCUUUAGUAGGUUGAUGGUAUUUGUUAUGCAAUCUUGGAUGUUGAGGUAGUUUGUCAGAAAAUAAAUUGUAUCUUAAUGA